AUGGUUGAAGGAGUUUUGAAUAAUACAUACAAAAAAGUGAAACAUGAUUGUGCUGAACGGCCUUGCGCAUUGAAUGCAACUUGUGUGGAUUUGGUGAAUGACUUCCAAUGUCGGUGCCCAAAAGGAUUUACUGGAAAGAGAUGCAAUGUGAAAGUUGAUUUGUGUGCAUCGGAUUCAUGUGUGAAUGGGCUUUGUGUAGACACACUCUUUGCAAGACAAUGCAUUUGCGAACCUGGAUGGACGGGCGAUGUGUGCGAUGUUAACAUUGACGACUGUGCCACAGAGCCAUGCCAGAAUGGAGCCACUUGUCAUGAUAUGGUGAAUGGUUUCUCUUGUUCUUGUCUCAACGGAUACCAUGGUUCUCGCUGUCAACUCGUUGAUGAUCAUUGCGCUCUUCAACCAUGCAGAAACAAUGCAAGUUGCACAAAUGGUGGUCCAACUUAUACAUGUGCUUGUCCACUCGGAUUCGAAGGAGUGCAUUGUGAGAGAAAUAUCGAUGAAUGUGCUACAAUCGGAAAGUGCCAUCCAAAAGGGACAGAGGCUUGUGUUGAUGGAAUUAACUCAUUUACUUGUCAAUGUCGACCUGGAUAUACUGGACAAUAUUGCGAAACACACAUCGAUCAGUGUGCUUCAUCGCCAUGUCAAAACAAUGGAACCUGCACGGAUUUCGGUGCCAUUUUCAAAUGUGUUUGUGCUCGGGGAUGGACUGGGGAUCGGUGUGAAAUCGAGUCAGGUGCCUGUGAUCUGAAGCCGUGCAAGAAUGAGGGUCGUUGUGUAAAUAUCGUGAGCGACUAUUUUUGUGUUUGUCCAGAAGGGGUAUCGGGAAAAGACUGCGAAGUGGCCCCCAAUCGAUGUCUCGGAGAGCCGUGUCACAAUGGCGGUGUUUGCGGGGACUUCGGAUCGCGUGUCGAAUGUUCUUGUCCAAAACAAUUUACUGGUGCUGGAUGUCAGUUUUUGGCAGAGCCGUGUGCGCUCGGUACUUGCUUAAACAAUGGAACUUGCACUCUCAAAGGCAAUGGAGGAUUCAAAUGUGAAUGUCCAGCAGGCUUCACUGGAAUUCGUUGUGAAACGAAUAUCGAUGAGUGUGCUUCACAACCAUGUUCUUUAUCAGCGACAUGUAUCGAUCAAAUUGAUGGAUUCCACUGUAAAUGCCCAUUCAAUGUCACUGGACCUAAUUGUGAUAAGGCUGUUGAUGUUGAUUAUGAUUUGCAUUUCUUCGACCCGAUUCGAGGAGCAUCAGCUAGUCAAGCAAUUCCACUCCCCACCUUGCUCAAAGCUUUUACUAUUUCCCUGUGGGUACAGUUCUCUUCAGCUGAAAGUCGAGGAACCGUGAUGACACUUUAUAACUCUAGUGCUCCAUUCCAAUCAAUGGAUUUAUCUGAGUUGCUUUCGGUGACAUCAUUUGGUGUAAAAGUGAAUUUGUUCCCCGAAGAAGCAUCACUUCAAAUGUCUUGGCCUGCUUUACAACAAAUAAACGAUCGACGUUGGCACCAUUUGGUGUUCACUUGGAAUUCGGAUAAAGGUGCCUAUUCACUUCUAUGGAAUGCAGUCUCUGUUUACUCUGAUAAAGGAUAUGGUAUUGGAAAGACUCUCAAGGCCAACUUAUUUGUGACUCUGGGUGAGCCAAGAGUCCCAACCUCUUUAAUGGAGGGAUUUUCGGGAGCAAUCACUCGAGUAAAUGUCUGGGGUAGAGCACUUGAUAGAGAGAUUGACGUGGCACCUCUUGUAGCGGAAUGUCAAGGAACUGAGGAUCUAUUUAAUGGCUUAAUUCUCCGAUUUGCGGAUUACUCGACUUUAGUUGGAAAAGUCGAAAAAAGGGCUCGCUCUACAUGUGGUAGAGAAGUUCGAAAUGAAGGAGUACAAGAGAUUCGGGUUCAGAAUUGUCCCUUGGAUAUCUUUGCUGUCUCAUCACAAAGAGAAGUCAACGUCACAUGGGAAGAACCAAUCUUUGUGUCACCGAAUGAAAUUACCCGCAUUGAGAAGAGUUUCAAACCGGGAACGUUGCUUCCCCAUGGACACUAUCAUGUUCUGUAUGUGGCGCAUGACAAUGCACAAAGAUCAGCCGUUUGUAGUUUUUCUAUUCGUGUCUCUCGAGAGCACUGCCCAGAAGUCUCUGAUCCAGUAAAUGGCCUUCAAGUCUGUGAAGCAUGGGGACCAAAUCUUCGAUUCAAGGCUUGUUCAAUUGAAUGCCGUGAGGGUUUCGCCUUUUCUCGGCCUCCUCCUGUUUUCUAUGCUUGUGCCGCUGAUGGUUUUUGGAGACCCCGCCCGGAUCGAGCUCUUCACUUCAAAUAUCCACAGUGUACAAAAUCAAUUCCGGCAACUCGAUCGGUGCAAUUGAACGUUCAAUAUCCGGCCGCUUCGUUGUGUAACGAGGCUCAUCGAGAUGCUUUGAUUGAAGAACUGAAAAAACGGAUCGAUUCGAUUAAUGCUAAAUGGGAUUUUUGCAGUGAAAAAGCUGAAAUGGGUGGAUGUGCUGGAGUACAAUUGAAUGUUGAGUGUUUGACUGGUAGAGAAGCAGCCGCUCGGUUGCGUCGCGAACAACCAAACAAUUCGCAUAUCUUCCAUGUUCAUGUCGAGAUUCCUGUGAAAAGAGAUUUGGUUACAUCAUCAGCAAAUGGGGAAAAGACUCGUGUAAUCGAGGCUCUCCAAAGAGAUAUUCUCUUAUUGGGAGCUCUUGAUAUUUCAUCAGCUGUUCCACAUGCUCGUCCCGAUCUCGGGGCACUUCGUCUAAUCGAGAAAUUCUCUUGUCAACGAGGAAGUGUUACUGUUGAUGAUCUAUGCGUACCUUGUGCUCCGGGAAGUCGAUUCUCUGCCGAGCAUUCAGAGUGUCAAUUGUGUCCUAUUGGUUUUUAUCAACCGCUAAAUGGCCAAUCAGAAUGCAUCACAUGUGGAGCCGGUAAGACAACAAUGGUCGAAGGAUCAACAAGUGGAGAAGAAUGUAAAGACGAUUGCCCACCUGGACAUCUCUUUGAUUUGAUUGUCUCACAAUGUAGACCUUGUGGAUUUGGCUUUUAUCAGCCAUCUGGAGGAUCCUUUGAAUGUUCUGCUUGUGGAGUGGGUAAAACUACUCUGACGGAGAGAAGCACAAGUGAAGAUGAAUGCAGAGAUGAAUGCCCAGAUGGAGAGCAUAUCUCAUCGUCUGGAAUGUGUCAACCAUGUCCUCUAGGAACUUAUCGAACACGAGGAGAACAUAAAGAGUGCAUCACUUGCCCACCUGGAACAACAACACAAACUACAGCAGCUAUUCGUAGAGAGCAAUGUGAUACACCUCGAUGUGUUCGAGGACAAUUUCUUGUUGUUGCAUCAAGACAAUGUCAAUUCUGUCCUCGAGGAACUUUCCAAGAUGAAGAGCAACACACGUCGUGUAAAUUAUGCGAUCCUGAUCAUACAACAGCGGCACAAGGAGCCACAGCAAGAUCACAAUGCUAUUCGACAAAUCAAUGUGCAACUGGAGAAGACAAUUGCUCUUGGCACGCCUCUUGUAUUGAUCUUCCCGAUGAAAAUGAUGUUCCCUCAUUUACUUGUAGAUGUAAACCUGGAUAUAGAGGCAAUGGCACGCAUUGCUAUGAUGCGUGCACAAACUUCUGUUUAAACGAUGGUGUUUGCAAGAAAACCCCCACUGGACAUGUCGAGUGUCUUUGCAAGGACAACUUUAGAGGAGAACGAUGCGAAGUCCGUUUCACUCCUCGUUCCCAGCGUGUUGCGCAGAUCUCGGUGGGAGUGGGAGCUGUUGUUUGUGUAUUGAUUCUUGUUGUUUGUCUCAUCUACAUGAUCUCCUGCCGAUCCAAUAGGGUACAAGAGCUUCCAGAAAAGCCGUCACUAGCUGACACAGUUCAUUCAAAUUUCCUCUUUGCCCGACCACCACCAAUGGAAACUCCACGACCCAUUGGCUACUAUUAUGAAGAUGAUGAUGAAUACGAAACAAGAAGUAUUUUUGUUGGUGGAGCUGAUUCGUCACAUCAUGCGACAAUAAGCCAGGGUGUUAUUGUUGAACCGUUGGAUGGAGAAAAUGAAGACCGAAUGAGACAUGUGAUGUCCCAUAUAGAUGGUUUAAUGGAUCGAUGGCAUCAUAUGCCCGAUUCGGUUGUGGAUGGGGUGAUUGGAGUAACCGCUGAUGCACUAGCCGAUUUUGUUGGUUGGAACCCGCCCCCGUCGACUUCUUUUCCUGAAUCACGCGGAGGUUGUCGAUGGUUUGGAACGGCUCCUUUUUGUUUUGAAACAUGUCCGGCUGAUCAUGAUUUCAUUCGAGAAUCAAGUGGUCGCUGUGAGAGUGACACAAACAAAUGGUGCAUUCCUGAUGCUUCAUUUGGUCAGCCAUGUUCUGUCUUUUUCGGUCUUGGAAUGACAAAGAAAUUUUGCUGCAAAAGUGAUCCGGUGGAUUGUACAUGGAGUGGGCGAUGGAUGGAAGCAAAUAAUGGAUACAAUAUUUAUUGCAGAUACGAUUCUUCUGUUGGCAGAUGCGGACAACUGCACUGCUCAAUCAAUCACCGGGAUAGAAAAGCGGUUAACACUUCGCUAAUUGAGGGUGAACGAUGUGAUGAAUUAUCGAUGUGGGAGAGUGAGGGUAAAGCAACAUGUGGUCUAAUUCAAUGGACACGAAAUGAAACAGUUCUUAACACUUGGUAUAAAACACAG